AUGUCGUCCUCCCCCGCCACGAACGGCGAAGAGCCAUUGCUUAAGAGGCCGAAGAGGAAGAAGAAGCCGUCGCUGGCUCUCACACAGACGUCGUCGUCGCAAUCGACUCCGGUACCAUCGCUUCCUGACGAUUUGCUUAUAAGCUGCUUCGCACGCAUCUCUAGAUUGCACUACCCGGCUCUCUCCCUCGCCUCCAAGAGUUUCCGAUCUCACCUUGCUUCGCCGGAGCUUUACGAGACCCGAUCCUUGUUAGGCCGCGCCGAGAGCUGUCUCUAUGUAUGCUUACAGUUCCCUCCUUACCCUAAUCCUAACCCUCGCUGGUUCACUCUCUGCCGUAAACCUGAUCGAAUCCUAACCAAUGAGAACACCAGUGAGACGAAGAAAAAGAAGAAAGAGACGUCAAGUGGCAACAUUUUGGUUCCGAUCUCAGUUCCCAAAUCUCCUCAAACUCAUAGGCAAUGUGUGGUUGCAGUUGGUUCGAGCAUCUACUCCAUUGGCGGACCAAUCGAUGGUUCGCCUUCUGCUAGCGUCUGGGUUUUAGACUGCCAUUGUCAUGUUUGGCGGAAAGCUCCAAGCAUGUUGGUGGAGCGAGAAAACCCAGCAGCAAAUGUCUUUGAUGGGAAGAUAUAUGUAGCAGGAGGAUGCAGAGACUUCAAUUCCUCAAAUUGGAUGGAAGUUUUCGAUCCAAAAACCCAAACUUGGGAGCUUGUGAUGUGCCCUCUUGCAGAGAGAUGCAAAAGUAGUAUGUACAAGAGCGCAGUGGUUGAAGGAAGAAUCUUUUACAUGUUUGGGGACGGAGGUGUGGCUUACAAGCCAGAGGAUGGUAGUUGGGAAGCUAUAGGAGCGCUGACUUAUUUGGAAUUAGGAUGGUCGUGGCGUUCUUAUUGCGUGAUCGAUAACGUACUGUUUUGUUUUAGUGACUCAGAUGGAUUUGAAUGGUAUGAUUCUAAGAGACAAGUGUGGAUGAAUAUGAGGGGAAUAUUGAGAGGGUUGCCUAACUUUGCUGGUCAUGUUUGUGUUAAGAUGGCGGAUUACGGUGGGAAGUUGGCUGUUUUCUGGACCAAAGGAUAUAAGGAGAAGAGGAUUUGGUGUGCGGUGAUUGCGAUUGAGAGACGCAAAAGUGAUAAGGAGGUUUGGGGAACGGUGGAGUGGAGUGAUCCUGUUCUUACGAUCCCUACCUCUUUUGAUUUCGUGCGUGCGCUUUCUGCUACGGUUUGA